GUGGGAGAUUGAGGGCUACCCGCAAGAGCUCGAGAGGGUCCGAGAACUCGAGAAGGCAAAGUUCAAGGUCGCAGACGCUGACAACAACGGCAAGCUGGAGGGCGAGGAGCUCAUCAACAUGUACGGCCAUGGAAUCAAUGAAAAGGUCUUGGAGGUUGAGGCAAAGGAUGCUCUGAAGAGUAAGGACCUGGACAAGGAUGGGAAGCUGAAUCUGAAGGAGUUCUUCUACGAUUACCUGAGACCAGAAGAGGAUGAUGAUCACGAUGAGGACCCCCGGGAUAAGAACGUCACCUUCACCAACCUCGAUGGCAAUGGCGACGGGCUCAUAGACCUGCAGGAGCUGAUGAUUUGGGAGGGCGGCUUCUACUUCAUGGAGGAGGCAGUUGACAAGAUUCUCCUGCUGGCGGACAAGGACGGCGACCACCAGGCGACCUUUCAGGAGCUGGCAGAUGCAUGGCAUGACAUUGAGGAGACAGGCGCCCAGCUGCCGCUGAGGGGCAUCAUCAUCCGGGCAUUGGGCGAGCACGAGGGCGAAGGCCGCGCAUCAGAGCUGUGAGCUGGAAAGUCCGGUGCCGACUCGGCAUCCGAAAAGGGGCGGAGCCGGUAGCGACCA